GAAGCUUUGGACGUCAUUCGCCACUUGUGGCGGGCAAAAAAAUCAAUACGGCAUACGCAAAACGCCGACGACCGUAGCCCGGGCAGGUACWUCGUUUUCUCGUCUGGAAGUCGGACGCUCGCGAGCAGCUUAUACUUAUUGCACGUGAUGAAGAAUAUUGGCAAAAACAAUCGGGUGUACGUCAUUGCGAAUCUGUCGACGAAUCACGAGGGGAACGCGAAGCUGGCCUGCGAACUGAUCGAAACAGCAUGCAAAUGUGGAGCAGAUUAUGUAUUAAUGGAACUUGACGACAAUACAAAUCCAUUCACUAGUGAAGAUAUCACUAACUUUCAUAAGUUGGCUCAAGAUAAUGGCGCCGUUUUCACCACCAAAUCGCUAGUGAAUUCAAUUCGUCAAAUUUCUCCAAUACAACAAUUUAAGGAUAUAAAUAAUGAUGAGGAUGAAAUUACUAGCGAUUUGCAAAUAUCGUUUCCUUCGGUUCCAGAAAAGGAUGGGUCCGAAGAUCGUAAGUCAUAUGAAACCGUUGAUUUGGUGGAAAAAAUUCAACAAAAGUUUCCCAAACAUGAACUCCAGUUUUGGGAAUUUCAAGAAAUGAGCACGUGUCUUCCUGAAGUGGUUAUUGCUAUCGGAAUAAAAGCAAUAUCUUGCAAGUUUACGUUGGAUGAUAAAUCUAUCGGAUACGAUCACGCCAUGUCUAUUUCCACUCGAGACUUUCGUACCAUGGUGACUAAUAUUAGAACAGUUGAAGUAGCACUGGGAACAGGGAAAAAAGAUAAACUCUCACCGUCUGAAUUGCCAUGUUUCAAAAAGUUAUUCAAAAGUGUUGUAGCUGCGAAAAAUUUAGAGCGUGGGUCCAUAUUAAAAGCGGAAGAUAUGAAAAUCAAAGUUAGUGACACACAGAGCAUGUGUGGAUUUUACUUCCCGAUUGUAAUAGGUCGACAGUUAUUAUCUGAAGUUGAUGAAGAUGAUCCAAUUUUUGUUUCUGAUUUUGAUGGACUGCAACAUUAUACGCAUUAUAUGCCGUACGAUUAUCCAGUAUUAGAGUAUACCGAAUAUAUAACUGAAAUCAAUCUUGGUCGAUCCAUACAUUUUAAAAGCCCAUGUUAUAUUAUCGCAGAAAUAGGACAAAAUCAUCAAGGUGAUAUAAUGAUGGCUAAAAAAUUGAUCAAAUUGGCGAAAAAAUGUGGUGCGGACUGUGUAAAAUUUCAAAAAAGUUGCAUAAAUGAAAAAUUUACGUUGUUGGCCAGAAAUAGACUGUACGAUAGUAAAAAUUCUUUCGGUGCGACUUACGGUGAACACAAACAUUUCUUAGAGUUCACUGAAGAUCAAUACAAGGAACUAAGGAGGUAUGCUGUAAAAAAAGUUGGAAUUCAUUUCACUGCAUCGGCAAUGGACCCGGUUUCGUUUGAUUUCAUCGUUAAUCUCAAAGUACCAUUCGUGAAAAUUGGUUCAGGUGAAUCAGGCAAUGUGUUGUUGUUGGAAAAGGCAGCCAAGGCUUAUGUCCCGUUGGUCAUAUCUAYGGGCAUGCAGACGCUGGCUGACAUACGAAUCACUUACGAGACAGUCAGCCGGUACCAUAAUUAUUUCGCAUUGUUACACUGCGUAUCCGCGUACCCGACGCCACCGGAAGAGGCCAAUUUAAACAUGAUUAAGACGCUCCGAAAGACUUUUCCUAACACGAUUAUUGGUUAUUCUGGCCACGAAGUGGGUUCUUCUCUGACAGCUGCGUCAGUAGCACUUGGUGCAAAAAUUAUUGAAAGACAUAUCACACUGGACAGAAAUAUGAAGGGGUCAGAUCAUAUUUGUUCGUUAGAUCCUUCGCAGUUCAGCAAACUUGUUAGAGACAUUCGUUACAUCGAAAGGAAUUUAGCUAUUUAAUGAUUAUAUGCAUAUCUGCAUCACCUCAAAGUGUUCAUUUACAAUAUUUAUUGGUGCCUAAAUAUGGUAUUUUAAUUAAAUUAUCUUUUAUACAUAAAAACU